AUUAACAUCUUUAUUCUUGUUAGAGUAAUGGAAUUCAUUCACGGGACACAUAAAGCACCACAAGAUUUUAUUACCAACAUGCCUGAUAACGUGGUAACAAAUAUCCUGGAUCGAUUGCCGGUGCAACAUGCAGUGAGGACCAGUAUCUUGUCGAGAAGCUGGAGGUUUAAGUGGACUAUGCUUAGCCAACUUGUGUUUGAUAGGAUGUUCUUUAAGUAUUUAAGAAAAUCGAAAGGUAAAAAUAAUCAUGGGGGAGUUAUAAGUAGGCUUCUUCUUCAUCUUAGUGGUGCCAUUACUAAGUUUGUCCUCUGCAUAAAUGACGUGUUGGAUGCUGAAGAUAUUAAUCACUGGAUUUUAUUCUUGUCAAGAAAAGGAAUUAAGGACCUCACUAUUAGGAAUGGGGAUGACACACCACUUAUGUUGCCUACCCAUCUCUUCUCUUGUUUAGAGUUGAAACAUGUGCAUCUUUUUAACUGUUGUUUCAAUCCUCCACCUACUUUUCAUGGUUUUCCAAACCUGUUGAGCUUAGACUUGGGCAUGGAUUUUGAAGAGAACGUUCAACUUGGGGAAUUUUUUACCAAGUGUCCCUUGCUUGAGAUUUUGACCAUGGAAGAAUGCAAUGUAAAAGCUGUUGAGAUUGCAAAAAUUAAAAAUCUAAAAAUAUUGUCUUUGUACCUUUGUGAUCUUGACAAUAUUAGCAUCAAAAGUUCCAGUAGCAUCUUUGAGCUUGUGGAUUCUCUUCCGAAACUUCAAGAGCUUCAUUUGAAUUUUGAAAACUGUGAUUUGACAGAAGGUGGUGAUAGAAAGAGGUUCUCUGCCGCCUUUCCUUGCCUCAAGGUUCUUAAAUUAUCAAGUCUAAUUUUAGACAAUGGUAUGGAACUAUUGUGUGCUUUUGAAUUGAUUAGGAGUUUCACGAAUCUGCAGACUCUUGAAAUCACAGCAGUAACUAAUGAUUGGUAUUUUGGCCCGCCUCCACAUAUAAACUACGAUGCCACGGGGCUGUUGCAGCUUCGAAGUGUGAAGUUUGAAUGUUUGAAAGGUUCAGAGAAUGAACUGUGUUUGAUAAAGUUUUUACUUGCGUGCUCCCCUUUCCUAAAAAAGAUUGUUAUUCAUCGCCGCUCGUACAUUGAGUCAGAUGAAAGAAUGAUGUUUGCCAAGAAGUUGUUGAUGCUCCAUCGAGCCUCUCCCGCAGCUGAAAUCGAUCUCUUUCAGUUUUAGUUUGCUUGAACUUGUCUUAUAUUUGAUGCAUAUCGGUAUGUAUGAAUUUAUGGCCCCAUUUUGUAAUAUGCUCUAAAUAGCGACAGGGAGAAAUGAAAGACGUCUUUGUUGGUCGGUCUACUAUGAAUUUAUUAAGGUGACGUUUGUUUUUUCUU